AUGCGUCUUUCUCAAACUGAAUUAAAGAAAUUUGUGCUCAUAGGAUGGACGAACACUGGCAGUAUGAAUAUUGCUCGAACCCAACAUACAGCAUCUGUUUUACCCAAUGGAGAAGUAUUAGUUGCUGGUGGGCUAGGUACAGGUAGUAUUUUGAAUAGCGCUGAGUUAUAUGAUCCAUCAACAGGAAUGUGGAAAAGCACUGGCAAUAUGAACACUGGUCGAUAUAUGCACACAGCAUCUGUUUUAGCCAAUGGAAAAGUAUUAGUUGCCGGUGGGUACGCUCCAGGUAGUACUGUGAAUAGCGCUGAGUUGUAUGAUCCAUCAACAGGAACGUGGGCAAAUACUGGCAAUAUGAGGACUCCUCGAGAGUUCCACACAGCAUCCGUUUUAGCCAAUGGAAAAGUAUUAGUUGCUGGUGGGUCAGGUACAGAUAGUUUUCAGAAUAGUGCUGAGUUAUAUGAUCCCUCAACAGAAAUGUGGACAAACACUGGAAAUAUGAGUACUGGUCGACAGUGGCAUACAGCAUCUAUUUUAACCAACGGAAAAGUAUUAGUUGUUGGUGGGUCCAGUACAGAUUUUGAUUUGAGUAGCGCUGAGUUAUAUGAUCCAUCAACAGAAAUGUGGACAAACACUGGAAAUAUGAGUACUGGUCGACAGCAGCAUACAGCAUCUAUUUUAACCAACGGAAAAGUAUUAGUUACUGGUGGAGCCGAUAUAAUUGAUAUAAUGAAUAGCGCUGAGUUAUAUGAUCCAUCAACAGGAAUGUGGACAAACACUGGCAAUAUGAACACUGGUCGAUAUAUGCACACAGCAUCUGUUUUAGCCAAUGGAAAAGUAUUAGUCGCUGGUGGAUACGGUAAUGGUAGUAUUUUGAAUAGCCCUGAGUUAUAUGAUCUAUCAACAGGAAUGUGGACAAACACUGACAAUAUGGGUUCUGCUCGAGAGUUCCAUACAGCAUCUGUUUUAUCCAAUGGAAAAGUGUUAGUUACGGGUGGAGUCAAUGCAAGUGUUAUGCUCAAUAGCGCUGAGUUAUAUCAAAAGUAUUAA